CCGUUUUACCUUCCUAAAUUAGUACUACUGUACUGCAUUUCAGUACAUUGUUUUACACUUCUCUGUCAGAAAAAAGUCUGGUCGUGAUAAUCGUUUAAGGCAAAUCACGAGAAUAUCAACAAGAUUCGUCCGCCAAAUUGUCAUUCCCUAAACCUGAUAGCUCAUCUAACACUAAAGAUGCUUUAAUCUGUUGUGACAUCAGUCGCCAUACCUUCCCUAAAUCAAAAUGGCGGAGAAGCGGGGCUCGGCUACUGCUGCAGCACUGCUGUCAACUAAGCCGGCUUACGCCGACUCGGAGAUUGAAUUUCUCACACGGCUAGGUGCAGGCGAUCUGCUGAGAGGAGCCCUCAUAAAGCUGCUUGAAGCCAGACCGGACAACCCGCUUGGCUUCUUGGCCGAUCAUUUCAAGAAUCAGCUGCAGGAGAAGGACGCUGUGAACGGCGCUUCGGGCGGACAAGUGGAGCAGCGAUUGCUUGGACAAGCCUGUUGGCACCUCGGUCUUGUCCACCACUCUCAAAGAUCUGCCUUCAACAGCAAUGUAACGAUUGCCUAUCAUCUGCUGUCAUCUAACAACGUGAUGAAGAAACGAGGCCUGAAAGGAAAACUCUACACUGCCCUGCUCUCUGAAAUUGGAAAAAGGGGUACUGCCACAGAGACUUCCAAGGCCUUUCUGCUAAAGAAAAUCCAAUGUCAGGACCACGUGGCUGUACCCUUUGAGGUGUUUAGGCAUGGAGUGCUUACCUGUUUCGUUUUUGAGGAUUAUGUCUGUAAAUCUCGCUCACUCUUCCAGAGCAUCUUGCAGUCGACAAAAGCCAGCAGAGGGUUGUGCCAUGCUAUCCUUGGCACACUGCAGGAUGCUCUGGAAGCCACUGACUGCCACAACCCAGCACGCUACUUGGAGGCCAGCUCCCAAAUUUCCCCUUGCAGGUUGGCACAAGCCAUGGACCAGGCUCAGGCUUCUGAUGGCCUAUUGAUGACAGAGGAGGAGUUCCUCAAUGAGGCAGCCAUGAUGUUCAUUAGCAGGGUGAAGUCCAUCUCAUGAGACAGGUCCGGCGCCUGCUAAUUUCUGUGUGGCAUGGAUUAGCGCACUGCUACUUGAUAGAAUUAACUGGCAGCAGCAAACCCCAGACUACCUUGAAAAUAAACAGUCCAUUACGUUAAGUAGAAUGACCAUUGUUCACAAAGCUAAGCAAGCCAAAUGAUUUGAUGCCUCUUCACACCAUGGUUGAAUAUUUGCUUCCCUUCAGGAUUUCCCUUCUGCCUUUCUUUGUUUCAACUACACAAAAUUAAGAGAGCGUGCAGUCAUCUCUGCCAUGAAAUACUCUUUUGGACAUUUGCAUGUGGAGGGCCAUUCAGACAAACCCUCUCCUUUGGCCUUCCCCCAUCUGCAGGGAGCAGCAGGCUCCUUACAGUAACUUAUACUUUAAUUUACUAUAGUGCCUUCCUUACCCCAAUUUCAGUUUAGGUUGUACUGAAAUACUUAAUAGACAUCAAAAAGGUACUUUGCUUGAAAACUCUACAGCAUGCAAUUGAACAGAAUAUUUCCUUAACAUUUCACUUUGCAGUCCUUGAUCCCCUGAUGGAUGGUGACUGGUAUAGGUAGGGGAGUCAGGAGCGAACCAUCAUAUAUUCAAGACAUUGAUGUUGUGUACCAUUUGAAGUGAAAAGUUCACAAUUUACAAGUUCUUAAGUCGGAAUUUUCAACCGGAAUGCCCCGUUAAGUCGGAUUUCCAACUUGGAAACUCUGGGCUGGUCUGUCAACUCUGGGUUUGUCUGACUUCAGAUCAUGACGUCAAUCCACACAGGCGAUAUACACUGAAAACUUUAGUGAAAGUUGUAGUACUGUACUGUUUAUUAGCACUUUUGUCUAUUUGUGGCUCAUUAAAUCAGUCAUACACACAGUACUGUCCAAUUUUUAUCUGUGGACAUGCUGCUAUGGUGUUGAGAUACGCACAAUACUACACAAUGCGCUGUUAUCAACUGCUAUUUAUUCUGAUGGAGGAAGCACAACAAAGGUUUUCCUGGUCUCAUUCAUAUUGAUUUUCAGAAUGUUAUACUGGAACGCGUUCAACUCGGGUGUGACGUCGUUCUCGGCUCUGACAUCCAACUUCCGAGGUAAAUGGAAUGCAGCAUUACAUUCCAUCUCUUGGGGGAAACUUAUAAUUGCAGGAAUUUAUAAGGUCAGCUAUGGAGAAACUCUACAACAUUUGCAUGUGCCAUCUGCUUUGUUAAACAGCUAAAUAUAGUGGUAUAAUUAUUAGGGAGGGGAUCCAUAGGAACAAGUAACAUUUGUAAUGUGUUAGUCCAUUAAAUUUAAAGCAAACACGUCCAUUUCCAUCCAAGCAUUUUCUACCGCUUAUACCGUCUGGGUUGCAUGUCUAAGCAAAGAUACUCUUCCCUGCCAACUCUUUUAAGAGAUACUGAUGUUAUUCUAAACCAGCUGGGAGAUUUAAUCUCUCCAGCAUGUCCUAAGUCUGCCCCAAGGUCACCUCCUGAUUGGACAAGCCUGACACACCUACGCAGGGUGGAGUCGAGGAACCAUCCUAAUCAGAUGCCUCAACCACCUCCACUUACUCCUUUCAUUGCAGAGGAGCAGCAACUCUACUUUUGAGCUCUUCCCAAAUGCCUCCACUCUUCACCCAAUUUCCAAGGCACGAGCUCACACACACUGUGAAGGAAGCUCAUUUCCAUCACUUGUGUCUGUGAUCUAGUUUUGGUCAGUACCCGAAGCUUAUGACCAUAGAUGAGGAUGGGAAUGUAGAUGACGCUGUUCUGAUCCGUCUGUCAAUCUCCUGCUCGCUUCUUUCCUCACUUGUAAGCAAGACCCUGAGAUACUUCAACUUCAUCCACUUGAGGUAGCACUGCCACCCCAACCUGGAGAGGGCACUCCAUCUUUUUCUGGCUGAGUACCAUGACCUCCGCCUCAGAGAUGCCAGUCCUCAUCUCCAGUGGGCCUACCACCUGCAAAGUCUGGUGCGUUACGUUUAGGACAGCAGUCAAAGGCAAAUGCCUUGGUGAACGGAUCCCAGGAUGCUGAGAAAAGAAAACUCAAGUGUGACAUUUUAUGCACAUCUUUGUUUUUGCUUACUUGUGCAUCCAGCAGCCAGUUUGCUCAAUAUGUUUUUUUUUAUUCUUUAGGUUCAGCUUUCCAUUUUCUCUACUCUUGCUUUAUAUACAGUAUCUCUAUUAAAAACUAUGUCGUAAUUGACCACAAUGGUUGAAGAUGGUAUAGUUUCUUGGGGCAGCUGUAGGUCAUCCAAUGUAUUUAAGCAGUAAAUGUAGCAUGCAGUUACUGGCUGGCAGUAAUAUUGAUGCUGUUUGAUUAGUCAAGCAUCUAACCACUUAACUACAGUAGGUAGGCUAAAACCAUCCAGUGCUGGUUUGGUGCUCAGUGAAAACUCUGGUGAACUCUUUUGCAUCCCCUUACCGGGAUCAGCACCUCAGGUGAAGCCUCUGUUGUUGCGCCAUGGUGGCUGGUUUGCUUACUUGAUGGGGUGAAGAUUGGAGUGUUACAUUCAUAGGUCUGAAUCGCAGUCACGUGUCAUGUACUCUUUGUGUUAUUUGGAAGGUCCUGUAUCACAUAUCAAUCAAUCAAUCAACAUUUAUUUAUAUAGCACAUAUUCAUACAAAAAAAUGUAGCUCAAAGUGCUUUA